CUGUAAGAACUACCUUUGUGUUUUCAUCUUCAGAGAUUAGGUUAAAAAGACCAAACUUUUUUUUUUAGCUUUAUAGUAAGAAUAAAGAACACAUGAUUUGAAAGAGGAACGGUGCAAUUUCGGAAGGCUUGCAGUGUUGCAGUUAACACUUUUUUCAUGUUUUCCUCUGUGAUUUGCAGAAGAAUUCGUGCAUCUCCUCACACUCUCGCCUCCGCUUUCAUCUUCCGCACAAGAUCACUGACCCACGCAUCGUCGUCCUCGUCAUUGUCAUCAUCAUCAUCAUCAUCAUCAUCAUGUGUGCAGUCCAAGGUAAAACAAGUGUGCUCACUGGUAUACGAUUAUUUCGAAGACCACCACGGCCAAAGGAGAUUCUCCCCUCUGUACCUCGACGUCGAUCCCAAUUCCCUAACCCACGACCAAGUUGUCACCAUCGUCGCUUCGCUCGCCUCCGAUGGCGGUUCAGUGGUGGCUCACCGUUUCUUCAACUGGGUCAUUGCUUACUCCAAGUUCCGCCACUUCACGCGCCUCUACAUUGCGUGCGCAACGUCUCUCAUCGGAAACAGAAAUUUCGAGUUGGCCAAUGACGUGUUGCAAUGUAUGGUGAAGAGUUUCGCCGAAAUCGGGAGGGUCAAAGAGGCCGUGGAAAUGGUCAUCGAAAUGCACAACCAGGGAUUGGUUCCCAGUACGAAAACGCUGAACUGGGUAAUUAUGAUUGUGAUAGAAAUGGGUUUGGUUGAGUUUGCAGAGAACGUGUUUGAUGAAAUGUCCGCGAGAGGGGUGCAGCCGAAUUGUGUUAGUUUUAGGGUCAUGGUUGUCGGUUAUUGUAGAAUGGGUAAUGUUUUGGAGGCGGAUAGGUGGUUGAGAGCCAUGAUUGAGAGAGGGUUUGUGGUUGACAGUAGGACGUUUACGUUGGUAGUGAGGGAGUUCUGUGAUAAGGGUUUUGUGACCAGGGCAUUAUGGUAUUUUCGUAGGUUGAGUGAGAUGGGUUUGAGGCCUAAUUUGAUUAACUUCACAUGUAUGAUUGACGGGUUGUGCAAGAGGGGUAGCGUGAAACAGGCGUUUGAGAUGUUGGAGGAGAUGGUUGGGCAAGGUUGGAAACCGAAUGUAUACACCCAUACGGCUUUGAUUAAUGGCCUGUGCAAGAAAGGUUGGACUGAGAAGGCGUUUAGACUGUUUCUCAAGCUUGUUCGAAGCGAGAAUCACAAGCCGAAUGUGCUUACUUAUACUGCCAUGAUUAGUGGGUAUUGCAGGGAUGGGAAAAUUAAUCGGGCUGAGAUGCUGCUGAGCCGGAUGAAGGAGCAGGGAUUGGCGCCGAACACAAACACAUACACGACUCUUGUUGAUGGGCACUGCAAAGCGGGGAACUUUGAAAGGGCGUAUGAGUUGAUGAAUGUGAUGAAUGAGGAAGGUUCUAGUUCCAAUGUGUGUACGUACAAUGCCGUUAUUGAUGGACUUUGUAAAAAGGGAAGGGUGCAAGACGCUUACAAUGUGCUUAAGAGUGGGUUUCGUAAUGGGUUGGAAGCUGAUAAAUUUACUUAUACUAUUCUCAUGUCUGAACAUUGCAAACAGGGGGAAGUUAAACAAGCGUUAGUGUUGUUCAAUAAGAUGCUCAAGAGCGGUAUUCAACCUGACAUUCAUUCAUACACUACGUUGAUUGCAGUAUUUUGUAGGGAAAAAAGAAUGAAAGAAAGUCAGAUGCUUUUUGAAGAAGCUCUGAGAUCUGGACUUGUUCCUACAAACCAAACCUAUACGUCAAUGAUAUGUGGUUACUGUAAAGAAGGCAAUUUGAGUUUAGCUUUUAACUUUUUCCACAGGAUGAGUGACCAUGGUUGUGCUCCAGAUUCUAUUACUUAUGGUGCUCUUAUAAGUGGGCUGUACAAACAGUCAAAGUUGGAUGAGGCUCGUGGAUUGUAUGAUGCCAUGAUAGAGAAGGGACUCACUCCAUGUGAAGUUACUCGAGUAACUUUGGCUCAUGAAUAUUGCAAAAUAGAGGACAGUUGCUCUGCUAUGCUGGUUCUUGAAAGGCUAGAAAAGAAACCCUGGAUCCGGACAGUUAACACUCUGGUCAGGAAGUUAUGUAGUGAGAAAAAAGUGGGAAUGGCAGCCCUGUUCUUUCACAAAUUACUAGACAUGGAUCCUCAUGUCAAUCGUGUAACAUUAGCAGCAUUCAUGACUGCAUGCUAUGAAAGCAGUAACUAUGCUCUUGUUUCUGAUUUGUCUUCGAGAUUAUACAAGGAAACCCAUUUAGCAAUCGAAGUGACUAAAUAACACAUUUAUGAUGUGCUUUGACGCUUUGUAAGCCUGGUUACAUCUGGAUCAGUAACUAGUUGGGUUUUGAUGAAGUAUUUGGGAAGUAUACUUGCUGGAGAUGUGAGAUUUGUGGCAUCUAGAUGCUGACUUCUGCACUGGGUUACCGUGUUUUAUGAACAUAUGGAGUCAUGAAGGGCAUCAAUUAUGUGAUUCGCCAUGUAACACCGUACAUUUACCUCUAGGAGUAGGGAUACGAAUAUCUCAAUUGGAUUAUCGGUUCUUUAUUCUAGGGAAAUGGAUAUCUCAAUUGGAUAAUCGGGAAAUGGCGAUCUCUGUCGGCUUGCUUGCAUGACACCAAAGACUUCUCACAGGCUUGCAUGGCGACUUCUCACUUACUAUCUAUAUACGAUCAUAUUUCGUUCAACUCCACUGCAGGACCAUGCUGAUGGUUUGGUAACUACAACUGAAGAUCACAGUACCUAGUCAAACAUUUGCAUGACUUCAAAUGGCUUCAAGGACGGCACGAGGAAGUUAGCAUGGAUUGCAUUCAAACAUGUUCUGACAUGGGAAGUGGGUACUAAUAAUAAAAUUGUUAUAAGCUUUUUGUUUUAUUUUUUUGGAUUGAGAUUACACACUAUCUUUGCUUCUGUAUUCAUUUUAGUGGUCAUAGUUUUUUAUAGAUUUCAUAUGAAUACCUUAUUUGGUUAGAUGUAGAAUAUCAAAUAGUAUAAGGAGAAUUAUGGGAAUAGAGGUGACACCUCUUGAAAUGUCUCAUGUAGAAAGUUUUUUUUUUUUUUAUCAAAGGCCAAAAUCAUAAUUGAAUGUACAAAUUCCUUCCUCUU